ACGGCAUUCCGCGCCACCCUUAAGAGCGUAGCGCUCUCCUCUGCUUGAAAGCAAUCAAGGCUGAGCCGAAGUCGGAUUAUGUGACUUGUCGAGCUGCCCCGCUCACGCUCAUCUGGAAGGGGAAGUCAUGCUACCUAUGACACAUGCGACCAUGACCAGACUCGCUUUCUGCUUGCUACUGUUCUUGGUGGACCAGGUCAACUUACAAGAGUCUUCCCAUAGCAUUAAGAAGCGAGGCCUUCUGGAGCUGGCAGGUGUAAUCAAGUGCAGCACUGGACGCACUGCCAUUGCCUACCUGAUGUACGGCUGCUACUGCGGACUGGGAGGACAGGGCUGGCCGAGAGACAAAGCAGACUGGUGUUGUCACAAACACGACUGCUGCUAUGAACGUGCAGAGUUUGCAGGAUGCCAACCCAAGACUGACAAGUACCGCUGGACUUGUGAAGAGAGAGUUGCAGACUGUGAAUCUCUGAAGGACAAAUGUGAGAAAAUGCUUUGUAGAUGUGACCGUGAAGCCGCAAAAUGCCUGCGAAAAGCUCCAUAUAUCCCUAAAUAUGCUGUAUGGCCUGACUUUCUUUGUGGAUUUGAGCACCCUAUGUGUAAUAUUUAUUAACUCAGGUGUUGUGUACACAGAAUUAAGAUUUUGGUAUAUUUAGAUGACCUGCUGUUUGCUCUAUUCUGAUUGUUUUUGUACUAUAAUGCAUUA